AUGGAUCCCGACGCGCUCGACAGGAUGAACGAUUUCUUCGAUUUCGCCGCUCUUGAACAGAACGACGAAGUCGAACACACCCACGCCUCAAGUGGGCAAACGGUGUCAUACUUUCAACCAGACAAUGUCACGGCUAUUGACUUCGCUUUGGAACCAGCGGCCCAAGAUACCCUCCAAUUGUACGACGUGCCCAUGUACGACGUGGCACACGAUCUCUCCUCUGCCGAUAUAAACCAGCAAUGGCCAACAUCUCACCCAACAACAUAUGCUGCGACGUCUAUGAUUGAAACGAGUGUAGACUCAGGAGCAGACGUCGAUUGGCAAACGGUUGAUAUGGAACAUGCGAAGGACCACAGGAUCCGCGAUGCGACGGAUCUCGCUCUCCCGCCUUCAUUGUCAUCACUUGCGCUAAUGCAAUACGAUGAGGAAGGCAGUUUAAUUGAUGCCCCGCACUCUCAGCUCGGGCUACGUCCUUCAGUUCUCGAUCAUCCAAUGAUUCCGGCCGAUGCCUCCCUUGGACUGGAGCAGCUACCAGUCAGAUCGGCCGCAUCCCAGCAACAACCUUCAGUUGCAACUUGGAAACCAGCAUCAGCCAAACGUAAAGGACCUCAGUGCCGUAUUCCACUUGAGGCAAGACAGGUGUUGGAGGACGAAUUUGCGGUCAAUCCAUACCCCUGCGCGUGGGAAUUGGACAUCAUCGCACAUCAAGCCAAUCUCGACGUGAAGAAAGUCCGCAACUGGUUCAAUAACACCCGAGCCAGGAAGAAAUGUGGAGGCCACAACUUUGGUUGCAAGGACCUUGCCAUGAAGUGGCGUCGCUUCGGAGCUCCAAUGAAGCUUGACGAUCCUAUGCUUCAUUGUGGCUUCUGCGGAAAGAAGUCAAAAGACUGGUCCGAACGAUGUGAGCAUGUUGCUGAGCACCUCGUCGCGCGUGAGCUUGACCGUGCUGUGUGGUGGAGCGAGCGCAAGGAAAACCAUUUGGAGAACCUCUACUCGACUACACCAUACGAAUCUUUCCGAUGCCGAUACUGUCAAAAGGUCUUUACGGAUGUCAAAGAUAUGAACGAACACUCUCACUGUCGUGUGUGGAGCUGUCGAUUUCUCCGGAGCUUCGACGACGUUGCUGCAGACAAUGCAGGUCCGCCCCUCUGUCCAGACUUUCCUUCGGCCAAAGCUCACCAUUGUCACCUUUGCGGCUCCGGCUAUCGAACGUUUCACGUCGAACAUGCGCAGAACUACCAUCGGUAUCGCUCGUGUAAUCAAGAGUUUUACACAUCUGAAGACGCUUUCCUCCAGCAUUUGCACAACUUUCAUGGCGCUUCACAGCCAACAUUGUUGCGAGGCUCUGGUGUCAUCGAGCAGAGCUAUAUGCGCAACAAAGGCGCAUCGUUCGAGCCCGUGGAGUUCAAUGAGAGCUGGCAGCCUUGCGUUAUGGAUCUAGACGUAGCCUCUGUCAGUCCAUUUGUUGCCGACAACACUGUUUCAACCCUACCUGUCGACCACAGAAAGAAUCAAAGUCAGACCCGAAAGUCGCUCGUCAUUCCAAAGAAAGCUCGUGACAAUGUGCAGACUCAGGACGUCAAUGUCAAGAAGGUAUCAAGACAACGAUCUGACACAUCAACCUCGAAGGCCGAGAGUCAUCACCCGCGAUUCUUCCGACUCAGUACUUAUGUACCCUUUUUGUCAUCUCGUAUCUUCUACUCGCGGUCUGCAAAGGCAGCGGACUUUCCUAGAGACAACCAGGCUGUGCUGGAAGAGCUACCGAAGCCGCACAUUGCGACACUGGCGAUGAGUGCAGGCACAGUCAGCAUGGCCGCCGCUCGCUGGUUGAUUCGGCCAGACACAUGUUCGGUCAAUGGUAUGGUCGAGCUUACCAUUGAUAAUGAAGCAGAUGGAGAUUGA